AUGGCUGGACGGAAUAAUCGUGCGAUAGCUAAUGCUCUUCAAGCCUUAGCUCAGGCUAUAGGGAAUCCAAAUUGGGGAGAAGCUGGUGGAGCUGUUGAGUACCAAGGGUUGGACCACUUCCAACGAAACAAUCUUCUUUCUUUCAAUGGUGGAUACAACCCUGAUGCUGAGUAUUGGUGGGAGAAUACUCGCCAAUGCCUAGAGGCUGAAGGUCAAGAUAUGACCCGGGAUGUCUUCAAGAGGGUAUUUUUGGAGAAAUACUUUCCCGAGGAUGUUAGGAAUAAGAAAGAGAUGAAGUUCUUAGAGCUCAAGCAGGGAAACAUGACUGUAGCUGAAUAUGCAACCAAGUUUGAGGAGUUGGUGAGGUACUUUCCCCAUUAUCAAGGGAGAAAUGGUGAAAGUUCCAAAUGUGUGACGUUUCUGAAUGGCUUGCGACCUGAAGUGAAGCAAGCUGUGAAUUACCAAGGUGUUCAUUAG